AUGCACUACGGCAUGAAACGGGUACAGCCAAAUGCCAAGCCACAUAUUGACGAUGCCAACGAGUUCAGUGCCUCAACUGCGGCACAUCACAAGGGUGAUCACGAUGGAUCGCUUAACAACGGCGAGCUUGUGGUUGAGCAGCUUAAAAAUCAGGUUGGCGAGUCCGGGAACAGCUUGCACGCUUGCGCAGGUGUUGUCCAGGCAGAGGCUUGCGGUAGCUCACAAUCCGACGGAUCCUGCGCAUCAAUGUCUUCUAGACACGAUUUCGUCCUCGAACUUGCUAGACAUGACUCCUACCUUGAGUCUGAAUCGAGUAAUGGCGAUUUCAAACACUCCACAGCAAAUUUUGAAGGUGCUAAGAUCGAGACAACAGCUUUGGCGCUUCCAAGCAUCGAAGUCGACAACAUCCUAACGGUCGAAGCAGAGAUCAGCACAGAUUCAGACAAUGCAAGGACUUGGAUCUCGGACUUCAUGGACUUCAUGGCCGAGAACACACAGUGGUGUGAAACCUUGUUGCCGCAAGAGGAUGGAGAGUACGACCAGGAUGUCGACGGCGGGGACAUAGUGUCAAUUUCUUCCAAGCAGUCCACUUCCUCCAUUGGCAGUAUGCUUCGCCGUAUGCGCAGCAAGAAGCCUCGGGACUAUCCAGGCAUGCAAACCACCCAAAGUCAACGUCAUGCGAUGACACGAAACUGCCUGUACUGCUCACGACCUUGGGAGACAAAUGAAUCGGCGCUCCGUAAGCACCUCAAAGACCAUAUCAAGGACCUUAGUUCCGACGACAACCUGGUUUGCAAUAUCUGCCAGAUCGACUUCGUACGUGCGGACGAUCUUACCCAUCAUCUAAGGUUUGCUGCUCGGAAGAGUUGCUGUGCUCUGGAGGCCAACCAUAUGGGCUCCUGUGAAGGUCACGCAUGCGGCUUUACUUUCAAGCACCACGAGCAAUGUGCCGGCCACCAUGCACCGUCACCUGUGGCAGGAGUCUGGUCGGAUCAUGAGCGACUCAAAUUUAGGCAACUACCGCUCAGACUUGUGCAAUCUAGCGCUAUGCGUUCUCAGGCAGGAUAUGCGAAUACUCUGAAGUGGAAAAAGCGACUGGUCCGUACGUCUAGCCUGCCUGCACAGCUUCUACGGCGACGGUCCAUGCAGACCAUGGUCCCUAGCAUCUUUAGCUUUCGCUCGGAACCCGCGGCCAUAAGUAAUGAUCUGGAGGACGUUCGAUUGCAUUUCGCCCGAACCAGCUCGGGCAAGCCAGAGGGGGUUGUCAGACGUGGCUUGCUGCUGCUCGCGUUAGGUAGAGAACAGGAGUUGGUCAACCAGCUAAGAGACGCUGCUCUCGACCACGAUGCCGCAGGUGUUUUGCGUGUUGCUAAUGUCGGCACGAGUGCCCAAGACCUUAACAGCGCCCUAUAUAGGACGUUAGAUUCACGAGACGCUAUCGCACUGGAGAUCCUGCUCCAUGCAGGUGCUUGCCUAAGCAUUAAAAUGCUCUAUCGCCUCAGGUGGUGCCUCACAGAAGACGUGCUGAUGCUCAUCCUCAAGCAUGGUACCGAUCAGGUGCAGAAUCUGGCCGACACCAUGCUGUACCUGCGUCCCUCAAAGAGUUGCAAGGGAAGAUCGCCCUCGAUCAUUGUUACCAUACUUGAAAGGUGUAUCUAG